AUGGUGGAGGCUGCCACCGACCAGCGGGGCAGGGGGGAGGAGAAGGCGAGCGCGCACGCGCCUCUGUUUCGUUUCCGCGCCGACGUAAAUCCGGCUAAAAAAUGGGCGGGGAAUGGGCACCCGUCCUUAUCCAAGCAACCCCACGUCCUUAUCCUCAUCAACUGUUCAUCCACACAAACCUCAUCCUCUCGCUCGUGUCUCACCUGCCUUGCCUCUGUCUCUCGCUCGUGCCGUUGCAUCCUUGCUCCGGCGAGCCCCACCACUAGCCACGCGAGGAGCUGCAACCGGAGGACGGAGGAGCUGCUACCGGACACUCCGGGAGCUGCAACCGGCGGGCAGAGGAGCUACAAGCCGGGAACUAAACCGACGACCGCCGUGCUGGAUUCAGCGCGCCGGGGUGCUGCAACCGGCAGAUUAAAUAGCUACAACUACCUUUUGUUUUUGCUCGGAUUGGUGAAAAAUUUCGGUGCGACCAUCGACGCUUGUAGCUCCGGCGAGAGCAACAUAUGCUCGCUGCGGAUAUGCGCGCAGCUCGUGCUCUACCCCAACAGCACGAUGCGUGCAGCUCUGGCGAUGGACAACAUCUUACUGGCGUGCGGCCCUUCCCCAACAGAUGGCUUGUCGCGGAUGAUGAUCUGCACGCUCCACUCAGCUCGCAGGAGAGGGCAACCACCAUCAAAAGAUGCUUCAACCUCGGCGUGGCAGAGCCCAAGUGUAGGUCCGGGAGCUGCAACGAACCAGACAAAUGAUGGAACAUGUGACGACCGUGUUGUGUCGGCGACGGUGCGGUCCACCAUUGCUGGAACCAGCUUCUUUUUUGGCUGGAACUACCAUUAUUUUUUGCUGGAACUUUUUUUUUUUGCUACAAUCAACUAGUGUGUUUGCUGCUGAGUUUUUUUUUUGCUGGAACCAGCAUGUGUGUUUUCUGAAACUGGCUUUUUUGUUUGCUACAAUCGUCUUUCUCAGAUUUGUACUGCUGAGAUUAUUUUUGCUGGAAAUGUCAUCAAUUUUUGGUACCAUCGUAUUCUUGUUUUGCUGGAACCAAUUUAUUUUUCAAGGAUCCAACUUGAUGGUGGUGCGGGUAGUUUUUUUUUUGUGAACUUCGACGGCGAGCAUCGACGGGGAGCACGGCAGUAACUGUCGACGACGAGGGCAAACGGGGUAGGGCAGACACAAGCAACAUGACGUGGUGGCGAGGUGUGGCUGUCAUGUGCUUGUGUUUUUUUUUUCAGAUCUCGUGCACGGUGGGGAAGAAAGAGAUGGACGGUGGAAGGAUCAGACGGCUGAUAGUGGCAGAAUCGUACGGCUUGCGGGUGACCUGCCCAAAUUUGAACCCACGCGCCGGCGCCUAUCUUCGCCCAUUUACAAAGGCUCAUUCAAUGCAUGAGAUGAGCCGGUCGACAAUACCUGUAAACAACUGACGCAACACUGGCAGGUUGCAGCCGGCUGGUAGCUAUAUACGGAACUACGUGGCGUGGAGCAACCGUCGCUCUAACACGAGGAGGUGAAGGCAACAUCCAACACCAGAUGUACAUGAAAAAAAGCAUCAUGUCGAGGAGUGCUCUCACCGAGCUAGUUAAGUUCUCAUCUAUAUUAGCACAUAUUGUUUAA